UUUUUUUUUUUUUUUUGUUAGGAAAAAGAAAAAGAUAUGCGUUUUUAUACACAUUUGUUUAUUAUAGCAUGUAUAUUAAUAAUGCUGAUAAUUUCAUGUAAUGCAAUAGAGGAACAAAAGCUGUGUUGCCACAAUCAUACAAAUAACGUGUUAUUAUCGAAAAAUCAACAAAUGAAAUCAACGCUACUUUAUAAGAGACAACAACAAAGUCUAUCUGCAAACACAACCUCGUCUUCAAGAACUGUAUCCACAGACCCUAUCUUUGCUCUUGUCAUUUUUGUAGCAUUAAGUUCUUUGUUGUUUUAAGAAAUGGCAUACAUACACAAAGUAUUUUAUUUCUAUCCUGUUUGUCUUAAAGAUAAAAAAAAAAAAAGGCACGGGUUUAAAAGGAAACUAAUGCGGAAUACUAUGAUAUCAUCCAUGGUACCAAUAUCUUGUAAAUUAAAUCAAUUUUUUUGUAUAUAUAAACAUAUACGCCUUUUUUAGUAAUAAUAACUACUAUAAAUUAAUUUUAAUAAUAAUAAAUGGGCUGUUCCAUGUUGC